GUGGAGACUCGGAGGUGCAGGUACUCGGACGACUGCGCCCUCCCAAAUCGAAGCUUUGAUUGAACCCCAAAAUUCGUCUCCUUUUAUCUUUAUCUGCAUUUUCUCAGAAGCAACAAGCGGUUUGGAUUUCCUUUCGAGUCAACAUUUGAAAUUGCUCAAAAUUUGAUAGCGUGAAGAGGGAAUCGGUGUUCUAACCGAUGACGGAGCGUUGAAAUGUUGACGUUUUGAUGGUAUGAAGAAGAUAUUGGUGUUUUAGAGAACGAUGGAGCGAGCGGUAACGGUUAUCUCGGGCUCGACUUUCGUCUGCUCAGUUUUGCUAUUUCAAUUGAUUAUUUCGAGAGUCGCUGCUAAUUCUGAAGGCGAUGCUUUGAAUGCAUUAAAAACUAGUUUGGAGGAUCCUAAACACAUUCUACAGAGUUGGGAUGCUACCCUUGUUAAUCCCUGCACUUGGUUUCAUGUCACAUGCAAUAGUGAAAAUAGUGUCACACGAGUUGAUCUUGGAAAUGCAUUUCUAUCUGGGCAAUUGGUUUCGCAGCUUGGUCAGCUUCCUAAUUUGCAGUACUUGCAACUUUAUGGCAAUAACAUAAGUGGAGAAAUUCCAGUGGAGCUUGGGGAUUUGACAAACUUGGUGAGCUUGGAUCUUUACUCGAACAAGUUAGUGGGUACAAUUCCACCGACCUUGGCCAGACUUUCGAAACUUCGUUUCCUGCGUCUUAACAACAACAGCUUAACUGGAACUAUUCCUUUGUUGUUGACUACUGUUAAGUCGCUGCAAGUCCUGGAACUUUCAAACAACAAUCUGACCGGGGAUAUCCCAGUCAAUGGCUCAUUUUCACAAUUUACUCCCAUCAGUUUUCAAAAUAAUCAUUUUAACAUUAUUACAGUUUCUCCCCCUCCUCCGAUUGUUCCAACUCCCCCAGCUCCAUCUGCCGGUAACAUUGCCACUGCAACUAUUGCGGGGGGAGUUGCCGCCGGUGCUGCUCUACUAUUUGCCGCCGGUGCUGCUCUACUAUUUGCUGCUCCUGCAAUUUCACCUGCUUACCGGCGGCGGAUAAAACCACGAGAUCAUUUUUUUGAUGUACCCGCUGAAGAGGGUCCAGAAGUCCAUUUAGGAGAGCUCAAAAGGUUUUCUCUGCGUGAACUACAAGUUGCAACUGAUGCUUUUAGCAAUAACAACAUUCUGCGUAUAGGCGGAUUUGGUAAAGUCUAUAAAGGACGAUUAGCUGAUGGUUCUCUAGUGGCAGUAAAGAGAUUGAAAGAGUGUACUCAGGGUGGGGAGCUGCGGUUCCAAACUGAAGUGGAAAUGAUCAGCGUGGCUGUGCAUCGGAAUCUGCUUCGUCUCCAUGGCUUUUGCAUGACACCAAUGGAACGAUUGCUUGUCUAUCCCUAUAUGGCAAAUGGAAGUGUAGCAUCGUGUUUAAGAGAUCGCCCAGAAUCGCAAUCCCCACUUGCUUGGCCAGUGCGGAAGCAGAUUGCACUUGGAGCUGCAAGAGGGCUUGCUUACUUGCAUGAUCAUUGUGACCCCAAGAUUAUUCACCGUGAUGUAAAAGCUGCAAAUAUACUACUGGAUGAGGAAUUUGAAGCCCUUGUUGGAGACUUUGGAUUGGCAAAACUCAUGGACUACAAAGAUACUCAUGUUACAACUGAUGUACGUGGCACAAUUGGGCAUAUUGCCCCAGAGUACCUCUCAACUGGAAAGUCUUCAGAGAAGACUGAUGUUUUCGGGUAUGGUGUCAUGCUUCUUGAACUGAUAACUGGAAAGAGGGCGUUUGAUCUUGCACGGCUGGCAAAUGAGAAUGAUGCAAUGCUACUCGAUUGGGUGAAAGGUCUUUUAAAAGAUAAGAAAUUGGAGAUACUGGUUGAUGCGGACAUGCAGGGCAAUUACAUUGACGAAGAAGUGGAACAGCUGAUCCAGGUGGCUCUUCUGUGCAUGCAAGAUUCCCCAAUGAAACGGCCUAAGAUGUCAGAGGUAGUAAGAAUGCUUGAAGGUGAUGGUUUGGCUGAGAAAUGGGAGGAAUGGCAGAAAGCGGAUAUGUCUCGUGAGGAAUUUACUCAUCCCGACCUCCCAAAUGCGCCUUGGCUCGUGGAUUCCACAUCGAACAUCCCUCCGGAUGAACUGUCUGGUCCUAGAUGAUCCUUCCCUUUCACCUUAUGAACGUCUUUUCAAGAUCAAUUAGGAAAUGCAUACGACGAUUAUUCAUGCAAGUGUGGGGUCGACGACAACAGCAUAAAGAUAUUGGAUGCUAACACCAUGAAUCUCCCAAGAGGCACAGAGGAGAGACCUCUUUUUUCAGUCCUUUUUCCCGAUCCGACGUAGUCAGGCCGGUUCUAUUUAGCUUACCAGAAAGCUUCAACUGAAAAUGGAUUUUCAAAUCAAGACUCUAAAAUAAGACUAAAACAACUAAAGGACUAUUAUGGCAACUGGCAAGUAUGUUGAGAAUCUGACAAAAAUAAUCCAAGCCUGCACUUGCCUGUCAACUAGACGAGCAUUUCAACACAGAACUGUACAAUCUAUACAUUAUAUAGACAAUUGACAUCCGCAUCUGAGUGGCCAUCGCCGUUUGAAAUAGAGGAUGACAUCCGCUUUGGAAAAAUGAGCCAAAAUUCCAUGUUUUACUUCGGGCUUUACAUGGUUGUGCAGCAAUAUCUUCAUUUUCUACCUGUA